AUGAUGGUGGUCUACGCCAUCCUGCUGUCGCUAUGGCUGACCGCGGCACACGGGAUGCGAGACUAUCAGGUUAAAGAGCUCAGGCAAGAAACCGAGCGCAUGUUCUACCACGGCUUUGAGAACUACCUCGAGCAUGCAUUUCCCGACGACGAGUUGCGUCCGUUAACGUGCGGCCCCUUGACGCGCGAUAAUAAGAACUCUGAGCACAACGACGUCCUUGGCAACUACUCCUUGACCUUGAUCGAUAGCUUGUCAACCCUGGCUAUAUUGUCAUCUAGUCCAGAGAGUAGCGAUCGAGCGUUUCGAGGUUUCCAGGAUGGCGUCAAAGACUUUGUUAGACUAUACGGGGAUGGCUCCCGAGGUCCUGCUGGUCAGGGCGAGCGGGCGAGGGGAUUCGAUAUCGAUAGCAAGGUGCAGGUAUUUGAGACUGUUAUUCGGGGAUUGGGUGGACUGCUCAGCUCACACCUGUUCGCCAUCGGCGAACUACCCAUCAUUGGAUACAACCCGUCAGAACCAGAAGUUGCCUUUGCGAGCGCGUGGGAUAAGAAGGGGUUCACGGAGGGUGAUCAUGGUAUUGUAUGGAAUAAUGACUUUGUCUACGACGGCCAAUUCCUUCGCUUAGCCGUCGAUCUUACGCACCGUCUCCUGCCUGCAUUCUACACGGAAACGGGCCUCCCUUAUCCACGUGUCAACUUACGGCAUGGCAUUCCAUUCUAUCAGAAUUCGCCAUUGAAUACCCAGAACAGCAAAGUAAAUGAACGGAAGUCAAAGUACUCGUACAAAAAAGCGGCAGAUGAGAUCACCGAGACUUGCAGUGCAGGUGCGGGCAGUUUGGUACUUGAGUUCACGGUCCUGAGCAGGCUCACUGGCGACGGCCGGUAUGAGGAAUUAGCCAAGAGGGCUUUCUGGGCGGUUUGGUCCCACCGCAGUGAAAUUGGAUUGAUUGGAUUUGGAAUUGACGCAGAGUCAGGGAAGUGGGUGGGACCAUACUCGGGUAUUGGUGCCGGCAUUGAUAGCUUCUAUGAAUACGCGUUCAAAUCCCACGUUCUCCUCUCGGAGGGAGAGCGACCACCUUUCGACCCGAAGAAUCCCUGGAGCAUCUUGGACAAUUAUUAUCUGCCGUUGACCCAGGACCAGCACUCUCCCGAUGCUUUCCUUCAGGUCUGGGAAGAUUCGCAUACGGCAAUCAACCGCCAUCUAUACCGCGGCGAAGGAUAUCAGCAUCCCCAUCUCAUUGUUGGCGAUGUGACCACUGGUGCGACGCGAGCCUUUUGGAUUGACAGCCUGAGCGCGUACUAUCCGGGCCUGCUGGCUCUGGACGGCAAGGUCGAUGAAGCCAUUCAACUCCACCUGCUGACAACUGCCGUCUGGACGCGUUUCUCGGGUCUUCCGGAGCGGUGGAAUGUGGCUACGGGUGAUAUUGACGGCGGCCUGUCCUGGUAUGGAGGUCGGCCGGAAUUCAUCGAGUCCACUUACUAUAUCUACCGUGCAACCCAAGAUCCAUGGUAUCUUCAUGUUGGCGAGAUGGUGCUGCGCGACCUCAAGCGGCGAUGCUGGACCAAGUGUGGCUGGGCAGGUUUGCGGGAUGUCAAAACUGGCGAGAUGAUUGAUCGGAUGGAAAGCUUUUUCCUUGGAGAGACCGCCAAAUACAUGUUCCUACUCUUCUCCCCGGACCAUCCACUGAACAAGGUCGAUGCACCGUGGGUCUUCUCUACGGAGGGCCAUCCUCUGAUUAUUCCCAGGAAGACGACCGCGAGGUCGAAUACCCGGCCCAGUCAUCGACCCAGCCACGAGCAGCAGUUGGCAUCUCCUCAGUAUCUUCCUGAUGACACUUGUCAGGCGCCUCCUACCUCACCGAUAUUUGGCGUCUCAUUCACUGCGUCGCGUUCUGACAUCUUCCAUGCCGCUAGCUUGGCGCGGCUACAUCUUCGACCUCAUCGUGGUACGGGAGAAGGUCCCAUCUUGGCGGACUCCCCCGAUCACCCCGGCGUGUCUGUGUCCGACCUAUCCUCACCAACCAACUAUACUUUCUACCCAUGGACCUUGCCACCCCAACUCGUCCCCUUCAACGCGACCAGCGCGCCAAUGGCCCACCGCCCAACCCUCGACAUUUCCUUCCCCUCUCUCCCGGGCGGCGUCAACCUGGGCUCUGGCGCCCUAGAGCGCGUGCGCGACGGCAUCUUCGUGAAAACAAUUGGCGGUCUCCGGCUAAGCAUGAUUCAGGAUGUCCCACUCCUCGAACAAACCUCCGGCAUGGGGGGCCAUGAGAACGAAGACGGGUACCGGGUGCAGGUGGUCAACAACGUGCCGCUGGGCAAAGAUGAGAAGGUAUAUCUCUCGCGCCAGAUCACCUUUGAUGUUGUCGAUCCCUAUGACCCAAACUUCACCCGGGUCCGCGACGCCGCUAUGCUGGACCUCGUCAUUGACGUUCUCGCAGACCCCUCUCGCCGCAGCAGUGGCUCAGCUGCUCCACGAGCUGACCAGCCUGCAGCAGAACAUCCAGCACAGGCAGAUGGCCAGGAGCCUCACACAACCCGCCGGCAAGCUGCCCUCGCUCCCGACGAGAGCGAUGCCGUCCACGCCCCCGACUCCGCCGUGAGAAGCAUGCUGUCGAACCUGUUCAGCUCGGUGUCCGCGCUGAUUCGAGACGACUCCACUGAAGCUGAAGCAGCGCCGCUGCGACUCAGUCUGCCCGCGACCAUUCCCACUGGCAUCGGGGCUGCGCCGCUGCCUGACGUUGAGGAUGCUUCCACCAUGUCGCUCUUCAGCAACCCCUCCACCAGCCGCCUGUCAUGGUCGACCAUCUACUUCGCCGGCGACCUCUGCUCCGAGCGCAUCCUCCGCGACGUCGCCCAAACCCACGAAGUCCUCGUCAUCAAGCGCGGCGGCUGCACCUUUUCCCAAAAAAUGCGAAACAUCCCCGCCUUCCGCCCCACCCGCUCCGCCCUAAAACUCGUCAUCAUUGUCUCCUACGACGAAGACCCGCCCACUCCCCACGCCGACAAGGGCCCCAAUGAAGGCCCAGAUUCUGGUCCUGCCCCAGCAGCCGCCCUCGCCGCCCUCGCCGCCCUCCGCUCCGAAGGCUCCCUGAUCCGCCCCCAUCUAGACGAGCCCCAGAUGACCGCCAGCGGGAUCCCGCGCAAUAACCCCGUUAGCAUGGUCAUGGUUGGCGGCGGCAAGGAGACCUAUGCGCUGCUGCGGGCCGCGUCGGGCGUGGGGGUUAAGAGGCGGUUUACGAUGCGCUCACGCGGCGUGCCUAUUACGAAUCUAUAUAUCAUUUGA